GGAAUCCAUGAGCUGCAGAGUUAGUGAGAGACCACGUCUCAGUUUAAGACAAAGAUGAAGAGUGUUUCAGGAUAGCAGCCCACAUCCACUUCAGGCGACAAAAGGAAACUCUGUAGCCUUGACCUCCUUGUUACUCUUCAUAAUGCCGUCUGUGUUCCCCUGUCUCAGAUUCUGUUCAGAUUCAUAGACACAGCGAUGCAUAGUGUACAGGGAUUUUUUACUGUGUCUUCCAGACAUGGUAUCAAAUUACAUGCUGGGGGAAAAUUACCCUUGAAAGCGUGCCCACUAAAACUACACAGAAGGAAAAUCCGGAGGUUAAAUGUAGCAAUUCAAUGUGCCAGACACGUCACCUUUUUGACCCUGGCUAUAAUUUAAGCCCGGUUUACGUUGCACUGUUGCACCAUGAGAAGUGUAAACUAACUGUGCAUGUCAAAGCAAGUUCUUCAGGAAGAGAGAGCAAACUACCUUUCCCCUAUUUGAGAGGAGAGACGGAAGGGAGAGCAGAUCCCCGUGGCCUCUGGAGAGCUGUGUGCAAGUUUGCUUCUGGCUAAAAGUUAAUGAUCAAUCGCUGUGCUCUCGGCUCCGAGUCCCCAACAAGUGGCUGAUGCGGCUUCUCUCUCUCUCUCCAGAUAAUCUGGAGGCUGCUCUACCUCUCCCUUCAUAUUGCCUUCGAAUAUUGCACGUCAACACAAAGUGGCUAGGCUUAAAUAUUCUACCCACCACCCAAAGCUGUUAAAGUGUCAUCUGACAACAGCCAAGAGAAACAUCAGUCAGGUGAAGAAGAAAAAGGAAACCCCCAAAGCAAGAGCUCAUCUACAUCAGCUGUGCAUCGGAGGUCACCUUCGUCUCCAGUAGAAGUGCAGAAAUGCCAUCAGAGCCUUCCGCGCCGCUUCCACAACCACUUCCUCCCGACGGAGGGUGGGGCUGGGUCGUAGUCUGUGCGUCCUUUAUCUCCAUUGGAUUUUCAUAUGCCUUCCCCAAAGCUGUCACAGUAUUCUUCAAAGACAUCCAGGAAAUAUUCAACACCACCUCCAGUCAGAUCGCUUGGAUAUCGUCCAUCAUGCUAGCUGUCAUGUAUGCGGGAGGUCCCAUCAGUAGUGUGUUGGUGAAUAACUAUGGCAGCCGGCCUGUGGUGAUAGUGGGAGGACUAUUAUGCUGCAUUGGAAUGAUCUUGGCUUCUUACAGCAACAGCGUGAUAGAGCUUUAUCUCACCGUUGGCUUCAUUGGAGGUUUAGGAUUAGCAUUCAACCUGCAACCAGCCUUAACAAUAAUUGGAAAAUACUUCUAUAGAAGACGACCACUUGCAAAUGGCUGCGCCAUGGCUGGAAGUCCUGUUUUCUUAAGCACACUGGCUCCUUUCAAUCAGUACCUAUUUAACAACUAUGGCUGGAAGGGGAGUUUUUUGAUUUUGGGAGGUAUAUUUUUGCACUCCUGUGUGGCUGGGUGCCUCAUGAGACCUGUUGGGCCAAGUCCAAAUACUAAGAAGUCUAAAAGUAAGGUUGGCUCAAGACAUGAUUCAACUCUGAAGAAAGCCAGUAAGGUAUCAACAGCACAAAAGGUUAAUAGGUUUUUAGAUUUCAGCCUUUUUAUGCAUAGAGGAUUUUUGAUCUACCUAUCUGGAAACGUCAUAUUGUUUUUAGGGAUUUUUGCCCCUAUUAUAUUCUUGGCUCAGUACGCUAAACACAUAGGAGUGGAUGACUAUAACUCAGCUUUUUUACUGUCUGUGAUGGCUUUUAUUGAUAUGUUUGCUCGGCCUUCUGUAGGAUUAAUAGCCAACACUAGCUUAAUCCGUCCACGAAUCCAGUACCUCUUCAGCUCUGCAAUCAUCUUUACUGGCAUAUGCCAUCUCUUAUGCCCCCUAGCAACUACCUACUCAGCUUUGGUGGUCUACGUUGUAUUUUUUGGAUUGGGAUUUGGAAGUAUUAGCAGUCUCCUCUUUGAAUGCCUUAUGGACAUUGUUGGAGCUACCAGGUUCUCCAGUGCUGUGGGACUCACAACAAUCGUGGAGUGUUGUCCAGUUCUUUUCGGCCCUCCUCUGGCUGGUAAAUUGCUUGAUAUAACUGGAGAAUAUAAAUACCUGUACAUAGCCAGCGGAACAGUCGUGUUAGUAUCAGGUACUUACCUCCUGAUUGGCAAUGCUAUAAACUAUAGACUUCUCGACAAGGAAAGGAAGAGAGAGAAGGCAAAGAAGAAGAAGUCAGCUUCACACGCGUCCAGAGAAAUGGAGGCCCUGAACAGAUCUAAACAGGACGAAGUUACUGUCAAAGCUUCAAACGCACACAAUCCUCCCUCAGACAGGGACAAAGAGAGUAAUAUUUAACAAGUCUCAUCGCCGAAUCAGUGUUCAUGAAUUUAAUCAUGAGUUUCUUUGUGUGUGUGUGUGUGUUUUUUUCCAAAGAAUUGCAAAGGAUUUUAGCUGCAACAAAAACAUCGCAAACAGUAACAAAACUGGCAUCUUCCUCAAUGCCAUAGUAUAAAUUCAUGCUUUAACAUUUGUUGGGAUGGUCAACUCUUGAGAUGGUGCACGUAGAAAACCCACGCACUUGCUCAUCUGCGCACCUGAGUUGUGAUGAAAACAACUAAUUUUUUAAAUCUUCCACCGAUUUUUACUUUUAGCUGCAGAAUUAGAUCUGCAUUCCAGACCUUGGCUCACCUAAGCACAAUUCAACAUUAAUUUCACAAAAUGACUCUCUUGAAGGUUCAUUUUUUUUUCAUUUGAUAUUAAGUCAUGAAGUGAAUUGAGGACAAUCAUUUUUUUCUUUUCAACACACAAAGAAUUACACAUGUAUCUACGAAAACACUGAGUAUCGGGAGAUCAUAAAGAAAUAAAUGGAUUUGAAAAAAUUAUUAUCAUAGUCAUUCUUAAGUCAAAGGAAAACUCUGGGAAGCAGGAAUAUGUUAUAUUUGCGUACAGUUUUGCAGUGUGGAUUAAAAUUAACUGUACGGUGGAAAAAAAAUCAGUGUUAUUAGCUCAAAGAAGGCUAAAGGGAAAAAAAUCUACAUGGAUAAGUUUGGUUAAAAACAAAACAGAACUAGUUUUUCACCAUCAAUCUGCCAUACUUGUGCCAGUUUAAUCUGCACACCUGUCUACACAGUUUCUUUGAGAGGUCACAAUUAGGGCUGGGUGCUAGACAAUAGAACCCCUCCAUUAAUUUCCAGAAUUCAUAUCUAACACAUAACUUGAUUUAAAAUGCAGAGACACUGAAAAAUCGGAUGAAUCCAUGCUUUAGAAGCCUGCUAAGCAAUGAUGUACAUCUUUCGAUGACUUUUUAAAAUGGGGGCUUAAUGCAGAUUUAAUGGGGUGCUGAACUAUCCAAGCCAAAUAAAUGAGAAGAGCUGACAUAUUCAAGUAGACUAGAUUCUGUUUUUCCCUCCAGCACAAAGUAGUGACAUAAGCUUGAUCUCAUGAGUAAUUCAUAGGUGUGGAACUGACAAGACCAGGGGUCAUUCCUGAGCCCUGCUAACAGGGACUUAUAAUUUAUAAUUCUUUACUACAAUAAGCAAAAGCAAAAACCAAACCCAGACCUUGAAUUCCAUCCCAGAAGACAUCUCUUGUUAUACAAGGAGGGGAAACACUUGAAAAUUCCGCCCUCUACUGAUUGGACUACCCACGACUGAGAAUAGAACAGAAAAGCUGGAGUGUGUCCCCAGGACACUUCUGGCAACAUAAGCUGUGGGGACUGACAGACAUGUAGUUUAUAACACAGUAGCAACAUGGCAGAGAAUUGUUGUUCAGGGUACUUUAGGAGUUUGCUCAUUUUCCAAACCUAAAGUGUCUAGAAAUCAAUCUCAUUCUUACAACACUCUUUGAGAGGUCUGUGACCUCCUAUUGUGUACAUAACAGCUAAAACUAAAUAUUAUAUGUCUCAUGUCUUGUUUUAUUUUCUGAUAAAUAGGGAGAAUUUUGUGCUUUAUUAUUGAAGUCACUUUUACAAUGUCUCUUCUUCUUCUUCUUCUUCUUCUUCUUCUUCUUCUUUUUCUUCUUCUUCCUCUCCUCCUCCUCCUCCUUCUUCUUUUCCUUCUUCUUCUUCUCCUCCUCCUCCUCCUCUUCCCUCCUUCUCCUUUCCUUUCAAUAGAAGUGGGUGCUAUUCUUAUUUCUUAGGAUCUAUUUAGACACCACAUUUUCAGGGUAUUGUUAAAGUUUUGAUUUGCCCAUAACAAUUAUACACUACUUCAUACAGGUGAUUUUAUAGGUUCAUAUUUAGGGAGCAAAGUAAGAUUUGGAUUUUCUUCAUUUUUCAAUUUUUCAAUUUUCAAUUGCUUUCUUGAAUAUGAAGUUUCUAAUUUUCAGCUAUUCAAUAAAAACAAGAUGUGCCAAUAUUGUAGAGAAAUUAAGCAGGGCAAUAUGUGGCUCGAUAUGAAUUUAAAGAAAAGUUAGCCCCACCCAGUCUUUUUUUUUUUUAUAGUCCUGGCUGUCCUGGAACUCACUUUGUAGACUAGGCUGGCCUCAAACUCAGAAAUCUGCCUGCCUUUGCCUCCAGAAUGCUGGGACUAAAGGCAUGCGAUGCCACCACGCCCGGCUUCUGAAUUACCUUCUUUAUAUGAUUCCUACCUUCGUGUUCACUCCUGUGUGUCCAAAGAAGUCAUCCUAGUCAACCAUAAAUGCUUCUGAUAAGAAUUUCUUGCACUCUUUGAAAAUACCUUUAGAAACUAAUAUAGCUAUCAGACAACAGGAGGAGAGAGGCAGAAAGGCAGUAAGCUUGGGAACUGUAGUCGAAGUCCCUGUGGACCACCACCAGUGUGAGGAGAUGCUGUCAGUAGACUCCAGCGCCUGCCUUUCUCCCUGGGAAGUGAUGUCACAUGCUGAUGCAUCAAAUCAAAACCAAAAUGUACUCCUCUCCUUGCUUUUCAGUCAUCUUGAUUUGCUUAAUUUGUCUUGGUCAUUGCAUUGAUAUUUUUUAAGAGGGUGGAAAGAUUGUAAAGCACACAAUCUGUUGUGUAGAGUCAUGCUACAAACAUGACAUGAUAAGUGUGUACAUCUGUAAUGAAUAGGUCCUAGGUUAAGCCGUGUCUCACUCGAAUCAGCAACAAAACCAUAAUAGAAAAGAAUCCAUUUGUUUGCUUGUAUUUGUCCACUGCACCUGUUGAAAUAUUUGCUGCUUUAAUGAAGCCUUUCAAAGACCGAGGAAAGACUACUGACCUAACGUGUGUGUCCCUAAUUACCCAAGUAGAGGGGAAAAAAAAACCAAACCUGGUUUGCAACUUUAAUACUGAAUACCUCCCUGCCACCAAGGAACAACAGAUUUUAGAUGUUUAAGAUAAGAAACUAGCUUGGUACCAUUAAAAUGCCCACUAUGUCCUACUGAUCACUUCAAAGUUAAAGGAACUAGAGUACUCACAAGUUACAAUCAGUAGCUAGCUUACAUAUUUUGUCAUUUGUUGUUAAACAUCCCAUAUUUUUUGCUAUUUAACUAUUAUCACCCAUAGACAGAUAAAUGGGUAUGAACUUGUCUUGGCCUAGUCAUUUCAGCUUCUUUUUGAAGAGGCAAUGGGCUAGAUAGUAACAGUAAAGAUAUGAUGUUUUUAGUGUAAAUUCACAUGGCUCACAGACUUCCCCUUUCUGUUCUGUUCCAACCAUCUUCCCUCACAGGGUCACAUGCUCCACCCAGACAGCAGGAAAUAAGUAAAACAGUUCAAUUUGGUAAAUUCAAAAGUAUGCUGUAAAGACGUAGCCUCUCAACUCGCUGCCUCUAUCCCUACAACCUGACAAUACGAAAAAUUAGAAAUGUAAUGGUAGAUGUUCUAAGUAGUUGAAAUUACAUUUAUCCAAAGAAUGUUUUAUAAAGAAAAACUCAUACAUAAUUUCUAACCUUUAAUAAAAUAAAAUAGCCAAAAGUUUGGCUCAAUUUACUGGGAGAAUGCAAAUUAGAGUAGGGGCUAAGAGGUCUGUGGCAUGCAUUUUGCCUACGUAAUGACUUUUAAUAUUUAAAACAAAGCCAUACUAGAAGUAAUUAACUUGAUGCAAGAGAAUCUCUCUCUCUCUCUCUCUCUCUCUCUCUCUCUCUCUCUCUCUCUCUCACACACACACACACACAGAGAGAGAGAGAGGAGGAGGAGAGAGGAAAGACUAUGCGUGCAGGCUCAGGAAAUUGAUGUUAAAAGUAUAUUAAAAUAUGUUGUCAAACCCAACUUUAAUCUUUGGUUUAUCACAAAACAGGAAGAGUCCCUAGGGUGUUCCCUCAGCUACCAAAUAGAAAUGACAGUAUCAUAAGCAAGUAGAAAGACAGAUAUAAAAGUGUAGACUUCAUGUUGGAAUUUAGACCUAACUUCAACCUGUAGAAUGAUUUAUUAUAUGUCCAUUAGCAACUGUAAGCAAAACAUAAUAUCAAAUUGCCUGCUUCUCUUAUUAGUUCAAAUUGUCUCAAACAUAAUUAUAUAUUAAAGUGCUUUCAUAAAAUGACUCCUAUGUCAUAUGUUUUCCCUAAAGUUGGGACAGAAGAAACCAUUUUUUUUUAUUACACAUAAACUGUUUCUAUUCAAAACAUGAUUUGGAUUUUAGUGAUUAUCCAUUUAUAGGAUUGCUCCAGAAACCAAGAAAUGUUUAUUAAAUAAUUCAGUUCAUUGGGACAGUACAUAUUUAUGUUCAUUAUUUGAAAAUAACAACACACCCUAUAUAGGGACUUUUCUGUUUCCUCUGAGCAUGUUCCUUGUUCCGUGGAGAGCAAAGCUAUACCUGCUUCUGUUUUCUCCUGCUAGACUUUUUGCUUGAGAUUCAUCUCAACAGUUUUCCGCAUGAUGUCUUCUGUGAUGCAGGUACCCUUAUUCAUUUGUGAUUUUCAAGAAUAGCACAUAUUGCCUCAGGUCAGAACUUCACAUCCUCACAUAUAGAAAAGACCCUUCUGAUUCUAGGCCUGAGAGUUUUGAGAACAGAAACGUAUUUGCAGUCUUGAAGACUUCUUUCAAAUACAGAUUUUUUUUCCCCCAUAUGCACGAUAAAUACAUCAUUGACUCCGAUUUGACCAUCUAGAAAAGUGAAUUUGUCCUUGAUACUUACCAUCUGGAAUUUCUCCAAGUUCCUGAAAGUGCCUCAGGUCCUCAAGAAUUAGAGUUAACAGCAGCCUACCAUGGUGGUGUCAAUAUAACGGAGCCACAGAUGCAGAUCUACCGCCACCAUUACAAAUGCCACUCUGAUUUUUUUAAAGUGUUCACAAUCCUAUCAUUUUUACAGAUUUGACUCCUGUGAGUCCGUAUGCUUCUGCAUACUUGAGAGCACAUGUAAAAAGCUAAGAGACACAUCAGAAAUGCUCAUGUAAUAAAAAACACAAGUUGUUUCUGUUAACACACUUAAAUGAACAAUGCAGUGACGCCAUCAUUUUUUGCCAUGCAAACUUUAGUCUUUGAGUGCUCAUAUCCAAUAAAACUUGCAUCUUCACACAGUAUUAUCAGACUAGGAGUUCACAUCUUGCUUUCUUUGACACACUGAUGGGCAGCGUAUGCAAAGGUUGUGAUAGUAUUGUGAAUGGCAUUUUCUAAUGUCUCUACAUUGAGCAAAAUUAACAUCGGCAUUGAGCAGAAUCAGUCCCCACGGCUUCACCAUCCUUCCGACCCUUCUUGCCAUUUUAUUUCACAUUUUGAAUGUCCUUUUCCUGUAAUGGUUAGGUAGGCAUUAAGUCUUUAAGAUUUUUGUCCCCUCUUUCUGGUCCUUCUGCACAUAGAACACAUCCUCAGUGAUGCCACCUUAAUAACAUCUUCAUUGUCUGCAUGCUCUUUUGUAGUCUGGUCAAUAAGGUGAUACUUGUCAAUAAGGUGAGCAACAUUCAGCAGGAACACAGAAACCCAGUAUAUUAUCAAAUUAUUAACAUCACAGUGACUAAUUUUUCUUUACAAGAUAAAACAGGCCUUACAUUUAUAUUUCAUAUAAUGACAAUUUUAUUAGACCUACUUUGUAUACAACACACUCACUAUAGCAACCACAGGUUUCUAUGGGCCGUCCUUCUACCGGCCACAUUGUAUUGAAUUACAUCUGAGUAAUCCUGGACUUCAUGAGAUAGGACCAGCCAAUUAUUAUGCUGGUUUUAGAUCACUGGAUAUAAUACAAAUAUAAUAUAUCUUGAUUUGUAGCAUAAUUUUGUUUGGCAUAUACAAAUCCCGAAAGUUAUGUUUUAUUCUAUGCUAUCUUUUGUUGGUUGCCCACAUUUUGAAGUAGUAUAUUAGAGCAGAGUAGAACCUUUGUUUAAGUGUAGCCCUGUGCUCUGACUGAGUGCAAGAUUAAAGAUAGAACCCAUCUUUUCACUAACAUUUCUUUUAGUUCUAUACAUUUAUAAGCCCUGCUGUCAAUAAUGAUGACUGUAUAGAAUGAAUAAAAUAUUUCCUAAAACACACUUAAUCAUCUUCAUAUUCAAUAUAAGUGUAUUUCUUAAUCCUACUUUGCAGUGUCAAGUUUUUAAGCUCAAUUUGAAAAAUAUUUACUCAUUGCUGCAGUACAGAAUUCUAGGUAAGGCACAGACAGUAAUAUGCUAUUGAACUUUUCACAGUCUAUGAUAUUAUGGUAAUAUCAAAGAGUAACAUGAUAUUGGUAUCCCUACCAGUAUUGCCUUUUUUGCCUAUAUCUAGACCUUAUUUUUAAGAACUUCACUCAGACAGUGCUCUAAGAAUCUGAAAAUAUAUUAAGGAAAGCACUAGAAUGAAUUCUAUCAGGUAAAACUAGAUACUUAUCAGGCAUCUGACAACAAUGUAACCAAAGCUUUAAUGUCAGAGAAUACCAUUUACAUCUACUGUGCCUGCAUAAAUAUUGUUUCUACAAUUAGAAACAACAAAAAACACCAAGAAUCAUUCAUAGUGAAAUAAAUCUCCGGAAGAAGAGUUGUAACUGUUCUGAGGUUUUGUGGUUUUUUUGUUGUUUUGUUUUUGUUUUUUUGUUUGUUUUGUUUUGUUUUGGCAAAUUGCAAGAAAUGGUAUUCUGCCUAAACAAGUGUUUGCUAUAGUCACUAGGGCCAUUUACUAUAGGAUCCAUUGUAAUGAGAAUGUUCAUAAACUGACAUGGCCCAAGAGAAUCUUGUGUGCACACAGAAGACCUUCUCCAGGCAGAUGCAUGCUGGUUAUAUUCAACCAGACUGAUGCCAUGUAACCAACUGACACUGUCAUUUUGACAGUGGACAGCUUCAGUACCUGUGACAUUAUUUUUCUUCAUAAUGAUAAAAUUUAAUAUCAUCCUUUAAUCAUACAAUAAUUUCUAUGCUGGAGGUGAAAUAGAAGGGUCUUUCCAAAUAUUAAGCAAUUGAUUUGAAACUUUUUAAAAGUUAAUGAAAUAUUUUCUGGAAUGAAAAUCUCUCCAUUUGUGAAGGAAAUUUUGAAAAAAAUUAGAACUUACAUGUUUUCAAUAGUAUUUUCUUAUCAUAGCUUUAAAUUGGAACUAAGAUUGUUGGGGAAAGUUCUAUAUCAUAUCACAUUAAUAAUAAGACAAAUUUAAGAUCUACUUUACUAUAAUGAAAGAGUUCCUGAGGGGAAUGGGUUGCAGAGUGAAACUGUAUAUUUAUUUUAAUUAUAAACCAUGCCUUAAGCUUUGCUUCUAAGAUUUCAAAGUGAAACAUACUGUGUUUUGCUCUCUAUGUAUUUUGAUGACCACUGAGCAAACCACCACACGGUCACAUAAAUAUGGGUAUUCCCUGAAAUAAGGUUAAGAUAGCCUUGGUUAUCACAGUUGGCUGUUCUAUGAUAUAAGCCAUGGCUGUACCGGCCUCUUCUUGUGAAAAGUAAAGUAUAAAAUAUCCAGUGUGAAUGCCUGCAGACAUUUAGAAAUGUAAGAUGAUAGAGUGCUCUUUGUCUUCCCACAAGUGACUGUAAGUUCAUCUUGAUGUACAUUUCUGGAAUGUUUUGUAUAUAUAGCAAUUCCUAAUUUAGAACAUAAGACUUGUAUAGAAGUGACUAUACCAACCCCCCAAAUGAAGAUAAAUGGUGUUUUCAUAGAGAUGCAUAUUUUAUUUUUACUAAAUGUUAUGUAGAUUUAUUUAAAUCCAAAGUGAAUUGUUUUGGUAAUGAGCUCCUUUUAAGGGAAAUGUCCUGGGUUACUGAAGCACUCAGGUCCUUUCCUGCUGUGGUGUCAUCGGGCAUAAUGCUUCAGAGAAGGACCUACUAGAGUUGCUAUAUUUUGCUGCUUAACAAAUUUGAAAGCAAAUGUCCAAUUCCUCUGUGAGAAUAUGUGUUAGACCUGUUGUUUCAAUUAUAUUUUCCAAGGUUUGUUCUUUUCUACUGUGUGGACAAGGGUGUUUCUAGAUUAGCGACAUUUAUGCACCCUAGGGCAUAGAGUCAUUCGUCGUGGAAAUGAAUGAAUGAAACAGAUAGUUGAGAGUCCCACAGUUUCCUCUGAUGUGGCCUGAGGCAUAGGAGGGGAAUUCUCUAACAAGUUCCAAAGAGUAAAAUGGAAAGGCCUUGGAGUCUUUCCCUUACUGUCAAUUGAUAUUCUGUCUUAAAGAAGCCAUUUUAGUUAUUUUCUUCAGGCAAACAUUCUAUGCAAAUGUUGAGACGUACAGCAUGUUAACUUUAUGGUACUUAUCAAUUAGUUUUAUUUUCUUUAUAAAGUCAGAAAUGCUCUGCUUAGACUUCCUGAAAAUACAAUCAUUGUAAUUACUAAAGGUGCUACUUAUUUUCCAACAUUGACCUUGAUCACGAGGGCUCCUGUCUGCUGAAUUUUAUGAGGAUUUUUUUUUUUAGGGGUGGGGAACAGUGCAAUAAAAUUAGAUUAUCUUUUUUUUUUGUCUUAAUUAUACAACUUGAAAAAAUCUGUAACUAUUUGUACUCUAUUGUUACUGUAUUUUAAUAAUUACCACUCAUGAAUUUAAUUGCAGGUCUGUGCUAUUUGUUAAAAGGUACAUGUGUAUAUAUUUCUAUAGUAUGUAAGAAAAGCCUGUAUUGUUUUUAUUCAAGUAAAAUUUUUGUUGAUGUUGAGUUUUUGAAAUGAGAGCUGUAACUUUUUCUUAACCAUUAAAUGCUGUGCUAUUCUGUGCUGAUCAAAACACGAUGUCCAACUCCAGCCCACAUGUAAGGACGCUUCUUUGCCUGGAUGUAUAUAACUGAUUAAUAAAAAUGGAAAGAGUAAUGUCAACAUGAAAGAUAUAUACAACAA